AUGGUUAGUGUGCUAAAUUAUCCCAUAAGUCAACUGGUCAUUGGAGAGGAAUCGCUUGCAAAAAUUGUUAACUAUCUGGAAAAUAAAGCUCUCAGCGGCAGUAUAAAAAAUACAGACACAAUCUGCACAAUAUUUUUGCAAAAACUUAAAAAUGUGAUUGACAUAUUUGAAGAAGUAGAAUUGGACUUGGUCCAUACAGAGAAUAAAAUAGAUGAAAUUCGUAGAACUGUGUAUAUGCUUGGAAAUCAGUUUGACAGAAUAGGUCGAUUCUGCAUGAACGAAAUUCCAUUUGUAGUACAGAAAGAUGAGUCAACAAGCCUUGGACAUUUCAAAACAAAAAUCCUAACAGUACGUUCUAAACAUGAUCAGGCUUCUAAUAAUCUAACUGCUUUAAAAUGGAAUAUCAAAAAAACUCAAGAAGAAUACAAUAAAGUAUUUAAUAGACUGAAAUCGCUAACCGCAUCAAAAAAGUAUAUUGAAAGUGAGAUUUCACAACUGACUGGAUGCACAAAUCUGGUGAAUGAAAAAUCUUUAAUUACAGAGGCAGAACUUAAGGGAAUUAUCGAUCGAACAACUAAAGCAUUAGAAACACUUGCAAAAGCGAAUGCUAAGUUAAACGAAACACAAAUACAUUAUAAUGCUGUGAAACAAAAAUCUGAAGAGAUUCGAGGGAAUUUAGCUAACGAUGUUCGCAAAGCUGAACAAAAUUUAACUGAUGCUCAAACUAAAUUAAAAGAAGCUAUAGAUAUUGAACCAAUACUUAUACAAGAAACAAUAAAUAUGAAAAAUAAAAUUGAAUCAUUAAAAUUACAAAUUCAAACAUUAACUGAAACAUUAAAACAACAUCAACAAAUUAUGAAUGAAUUAAAACAACAAUUAAUUGAAUUAGAUAAAAAUUCUAUAAAUAAACAAUAUAUAUUAGAUAAUUUAUUAUUAUGGAUUAAAAAAAAUGAAGAAAAUUUAAUUAGUCAAUUUAAUGGUAAAUUAAAUAAUGAUUAUAAUAUAUUAAAUCAAUUAUUCAAUGAAAAAUCAGAACAGUUUUAUAAAAUUAAAAUGAAUGAAACACAAUUAAAAGUUGAUAAUGAUCAUUAUGAAAAACGUAUUAUAGAUUAUCAAAAUGAAAUAAGUAAAUUAAGAAAAUCUAUCGAAUUACUUGAAUCACGUUUACAUACUGCACAAGAUUUAUUACAAGUUUCAAAUACUGAUUAUAAUCGUAUACAAUUAAAACAUUCAUCAGUUAAAGAUGAUUUAGAAUUAACUAAAUCUCGAACAAGAACAGAACAAGAUGAGAAACAAAAUAUGUUAAAAUAUUUACAACACAAAAUAAAAGAGGAAUGUGAAAUUAAAUCUAAACUGAUGAUAGAUUUAGAAAAUAAUCUUACAGAAUUCGAGAGAAUUAAACAAGAUGGUUAUCAAAAACGUUUAGAAUUAGAAGCAACAGCUAAGCAAUUAGAAAAUAACUAUGAAAAUGUUAAAUCAGAAUUAGAAGCUAUUCAAUUGAAUCAUAAUUAUUAUUCAGAACAAUUGGAUAUUAUACAAAACGAAUAUAAACAAUUUGAAAAUGAAUGGAAUCAAGAAUAUUCUAUAAUGUGUAAUAAAGUUCAAACACUAGAUGAUUCUCUACUGAAAUCUAAAACACAAUUCAGUGAAUUAAAAACAAGAUUAGAAAGAAUGACAAAUGAGAAGAAUUUUCUACAGGAGAAACAAAAUAAACUUAGACUAUCAUUAUUAGCAUUAAUGAAAGUGAAACUACGAGGAACUACAAAAUUAAGUCAGUUGAGAUGUACGAUUGCUGAUCUUACUAAAACAAACAAAACAUUGGUCUCAGAAAUAAACAUUUUGAAAAGGCAAACUGAAGAAAUGAAUCAACUUCAAACCAAACGUGAAUUACAACUGUCUAACUUAAUGAAAACUCGUGAUUCAGUAUUGAAAAAACUAAAGGAGGAUUUAAGUGAGAAACUCUCUCUUAAUAUAAAAUUAUCUGAUCAAUAUAUUAAAAUGCAAGAAGAACAAAGCAAAUUGUUAUCAUUAUUUUACUUAGCUGUAACAAAUUCCGUAUUAGAUCAAAAUCAAUUAUUCAAUGCAGAACAACUUUUAGCAUUGUGGGCAAGAAUUUUACGUCAACGUAAUUAUUGGGAAUUGAAACAGCAAGCAAAACAAGAAAUAGAAGUGAAUGAAUUAUUAAAUCAAAAUGAUCAAAUUAAUCAACAAAUUAAUAAAAUUAAUGAAAUCAAUAUGAAUAUGAAACCAAUACUCUCUAUAGAGUAUAAAACAUGA